UAUUUUAAAUAUUAAGUCAUAUAUUUAACUAAAUAAAAAGUAAAAAGUUUUGCGCAUGCUCACGUUUAGCGGAACAGGAAAAUGGCCAUAUUCCUACGCGAUGCUGAAGUCUGCUACUGACGGCGAUUUUGUUUGUGUCCGACGAUUGUAUCACAGCAGCGGAAAUCAUUUGAGGAAAGUUAGCAAACCUUUUUGUUUUUAGCGGCUUGUCGUGCUGUAUAUGCGAAGUUUUAUUCAGUUACCUAGUUCACACGAGAAAUUUUACAAUGCCGAGUUUGGAGGAACUUUUACGUACUCAUAGCGGUCGAGAUGGGAUUAUUCGGACGUUAGGUUAUGCGUGUCUCUUGAGCAGUGGCCUUACAAAAGGCAGUUUAUCGAAAAAGUUUGGAAUCUUGAGUUCAGAGUUUAGUCAUUGCAGAGUGAUCUCCAGGCUGUUGGACGACUGGCCGAUGUUGACGUACAGUAUGUCGUACGGUCUAGGGACUCAAGAGCAGGAUUAUGUCUUACGGAUCCUUGGAGUUCUCAAAAAUAUUGCGGACCAGGUGUUCUACCCAGUGGAGCAUGUCACGUGGCUGGCAAAGAAGCAGAUAAUUAACAUUCAAACUGACUCUUGGGAAGCUGCAGGGACCAUCUUGUGGGCAUUUUCCCUGUACUGUGGCAUUGCAAGGUCUCUCCGAACCAUCAACAUCAUUCAAAAGAAGCGAGAAAAGUUGUAUGGCCUGAGUGAUGACGUAUGCAGGCAGGAGUGUGACGCUCUCAUGAAGGAGCAACUGGGCCAUGUCUUGGGCAUCCUUCGCAAUGUGGCUGAUUUCGUAAAUGCAAUCAGCUGGUUACCAGGAAGCUUUCUCUGGGCAGGCAAGCUCAAGGCGUGGCACAAUGGACUUUUGGGACUCUCGUCUUCUUUGCUGUCCUUAGCUUGUCAAGCUAUUCUUUGAUCUCCUGCAAGGGAAUCACAUGAAGUGACAACAGUAUCAGUGGCAGCUUCUUGUUGAAAUUACUCAACAGGAUUGUUUGAGUACAUUUUACAGUCAAAACAUUUUGGUCUGGCUUGUCUACUAACAACACUCAUAGAUUUAUUACAUUUGUACAAUGCAGGCUCCUGUGAUUGUGUGUUCUAGGAUUAUUUUGAGGGAAGUUGUGGGUUUCCUUAAUGUCGUUCUGAAGAUUCCUUGAACAGUAGAAUAAUCCUAAAAGUGGGAAACCAGCUUCCCCACCAUUUACUUGGGAGAAGUUGUUGGCUUUUUUUUUUUUUUUUUUUUGUGAUGCGUUUCCUUUUUUUAGCAACAUGCCUUGUAAGUUUGGUUUCUCAGAUGUUAUUGUUGCAAGAAUCAAACGUGGCUUGCUUUUUCUUUGUGAUCUGUUUCCAACUCCUUCCAGGUCACAAUGGGGUGCCAGUAGCUUGCAGAUUUAUUUUCCUUGCUGGCUGCAAGGGGAGGACAAACGAACUUUUUCUGAGGUGGUGUGAUGCAGCAUGUGACUUUAGACAACUCUCUAGUUGGCCCCCUACAUCCUGCACCAAAAUUCAUUUCAAAAGGAGGUUUGGUCAUUAUGCAUAAUUAUGCAUUAAUGCACAUAGAAAUGCUUCCAGUCAUUAUGCAUUAAUGCACGUAGAAAUGCUUCCAGUCCAGGCUGUGUUAUGGAACCGGAAAUCGACUACGGCUGGAGCUGGAAAUCUAUUUUACCAGCCGAAUUUCAGGGUGUUUCCACCCAGAAAUGGAGAAAUUUCUUGCUGGAAAUUAGAUUUUUCCUCAUCUAGCUGGGAAACUUCCAGGUGGAUCAUGUACUUCCAAGCUGGAAUUUCUGAUUUCCAGCAUGAGCAGCAUCCAUUUCCAGCUGUAAACAGGAUUUCCAGCUGCUGCUGUAUAAUUUAGCCGAAAAUGUGGCUGGAAAUUCUUCAUUUCCAGCUGGAAGCUACAGCUUAUUUUAAUGUGGGAGGUUAAAGGCAUGACACUCAGAGGAAUGAGACAAGCACUUAAUUAAUAAAUCAAUUUCCACUAUUAAAUGGUGAAUGUUCCUAAAAAAAGUAGGGUCAUUCUUUCGGGCAUUUCAGUGUUACUCAUAAAAAAAGGUCCAUGUGAAUCUAUCCUUUUCAAUCAUGCCUCAAAAUAUGCCUCAUAAGUAAAACUUGCUAUCAGCUAGUAUAUUCAUUAGAUUGCAUUUUAAGUCAGAAGUGACAGGUUUCUCAAAGAGCUGUGUAAAGGUCAAUCCUAGCUAUUGAUAUAUAUCAUGCCUAAAACUCGAGGAGCGGGAAAGGGAAUGAUAAAAUGGGCUGUGCACAUUACAUUUGGCGAAUGGCUAACUUGAAAUCGAAUCGGCCGGGACUGCGGAAAGUAUUGUUGAAGGUGCCGGUAUCUACUUUAAAUUUAUUGUGCAAGGUUUGGGGAGCAAUAGUCUUUGCAACUCCAGUGAACCAGACAGUGGCACAUACGUGAAGUAGAAAAUAAAAUAUUGGCUUGAGCAAAACUGGCAAAGGGGAUCAGAAUGCACAAGGGUGGGGCUUGAAUAUUGAGUAUUUUCAGCUCAUCAUCUGUUGAAAUUUCUAAACUGUUCUGCAAUUCAUUCUUUUCAUGAGCAACCCCACGUAAAGCCGGACUUGUAGAAUCUUCCGAAUUCUAUGGCGCAACAAGAAGCUCUAAAUGCCAUGCAAAAACCAAACUUUCAAAGCACAUCUAUAUUCUCACCUGAAGAACGGCAGUGAAAAACGUUCAGCUCCACCGAGACUGUUACCAAAUUUUCUCUCUAUUUGGUUAAUUGAAGUACUUAUAUUUAAGAUCAGUUAUUCACUAUUUUAGGUAAACCAGUUUCAAACAUAAAAAAAGAAAAACGUUUUUGCUUGACAAUUUAAUCUUGUCAGGGUAGCGUACCAGUUUUUUUCCUAAAAAUUGAGCUCUAGAAGAUGAAAAUUGUCUGCAGGAAUGUUACUGUCAUCUCUUCACGUACCCACUCGUCAUUGUGACUGCAGUAAGCACUGGAUUGGGUAUGCCCCUCAACAAGUUCAGAACUUUGAUCCCUGCUUGAUGCUUCACAAAAAAGUACUGACAGACUGAAAUAAUGCGAAGGAUACAGGGCACAAAAAGGAAGGGACAACACAAUAACGUCUCACAAAGAGUACACUUUCGCUAUCUGUAAAUUUAAGCUUUUUAGACAGUGCUUUCACAUGGUAUUUUUUGGAAGAUUAUUUUGCUCAUGGUACCUGUAAGCUUUCGUUACUUUGUGGAAAUCUAUUUUAGUAUUUUUAUGCUGUACUAUUUUACUAAAUUUACUUUUUUGUACAGUGAAAGUUUUAUAAAUAAAUCUUGAACAUUGUUUAAGCAU